UCCUCCUCCUCCUCCUCCUCCUCCCCGGUGCCGUGCACCCUCAGCCCGCCUCCUCCUGCCGCCGCUUCCGCUCUCCGCGGUGCGUAGCGAGGGGGGGGCAGGGAGGCGCCGCCCCGUCCUCGCAGCCCCCCGAGGGACCCGCCGCCGCCGCCGCGCAGCUACUGGCGCUCCCUGGGGACGAUGGACCGCCUAGCCAAUGCAUCCUGGGGCCUGGAAGGCACCGAUAUCGGGUCACAAAAAGACAGAGUGGUGUCUGAAGAGGAAUGGCUGCAAAAAUGGGAAAUGGGCAACAUUGGAUUUCACAAGGAACAAGGGCAUCCGCUCCUACAGAAGUAUCUGGAUGUUCUUUUAAAUGGCAGGAGUGGACUGAGGAUAUUUUUCCCACUUUGUGGUAAAGCAGUAGAGAUGAAAUGGCUGGCGGACAUGGGACACAGCGUUGUUGGUGUGGAAAUCAGCGAGCAAGCGCUGAAGGAUUUUUUUGCAGAACACAGUCUGCCUUAUUGCGAGGAGCCAGUCCCAGAGAUUUCAGGAGCAAAAAAGUUGCAGAGUACUUCUGGGAACAUUUCUCUGUACUGCUGCAGUAUUUAUGAUUUGUCCAGCUCAAUACUUGGCAAGUUUGAUGGUGUUUGGGACAGAGGUGCUCUGGUAGCUGUGAAUCCACGCGACAGACAACGCUAUGUCAGUUUGAUGAUGACCCUAAUGGAGAAAAAUUCUUCCUAUCUCCUGGUCACGGUUUCAUAUGAUCCAAACAAACACAAAGGCCCACCAUUUUACGUUCCUGAGUCUGAAAUUAAAAGUUUGUUUGGAUUUCUGCACGAGAGAGGAGACUGGCUUGACAAAAUGAUACGAAAAAUGGAAGCUUCAGUUCAAGGUCAUCUGAAUCCAGCUAAGAUCAUUGCGAUGGAGCUGCCACCACUGAUUAGUGAGUUAUGUGAAUUGGUGCUCAAAGCCUAUUUUUUCCACACUGGGGAAGUGCAAUUCCAGGCGCGCUCUUUCUGUACUAGUUUAUUCUUGCCUUUAUUAGGGUUGUAUUGGAGUACUUGGUCUUUCUAUGCAAUGCAUAAGUCUGUGUCUUCAUCUAGAGAUAACUUGGUGUGUGGUUACCAGCAUGGGCAGCUUUCCCUAAAAGCCCCUUGAAGUAUUCGUGAUUAGACCACGAAUAAUUCUGCAUAUAAAAAAAACACAGCUACGCUUGGGAGGUUUCCACUACUACCUGCCCUGAGAAAGGGUGUUGUAAGCCUCAUCUUUUUCCUAGCUUCCAAAUGAGGUUUUGUUGAUUGUGAAUACACAGCAGGUUUACUCCAGUUUGUAUUUCCUUGAAAAUAGUUUCACUGUGGACACGAGUUCUGUUGCCUUAUUGCACAGUGGAAAUUAAGGUAUAUCUGAAUAAUUUUGAGAAGGAUUUAACACUCCCACUAGAAGUCACCACUGCAUUUUUAGGCAUUUAACUGCUCCGAAAAUGAUUACUUAGGAGGUUCAGUAUUAAAAGGAAGUUAGAUAUAAAUGUAAAUGCUAUCUGAGAUAGGCUAAACAAGUAGGUUAAAUGGCAUAAAACUUUUGGAGUAAUUUCUUUUAUUUAGUCACUGAAAUCAUGAAUAUUAACUAACAAUUUGAAAUUCACAGGUAAAUUUUUCAUCUGGCUUUUGGUCUGACUUUAGGGCAUUUAAUAACUGCAUGUAUUGCCGCACCAGUGAUUUACCAAAUACUUACUUUAAAUUGGAGCAAUUUAGUCCUCUAAUUCAGGCAAUGUAUUAAUCUGUCUUAUGUUAACAUUUAUAUAAACAAAACAAAUUAUUAAAUGCAGCUAUUUGUAAAGGUUAAUUGAACAGUGACCUGCCAAUAAAGUGUGAUUUGCUCACUCCCAUAUUGAAUAAUUUAGUGAAAACUCCUUAUAUCUUUUAAUCAUGGGCUUCUCUGUUACAGUCCAAUUUCUCUAUUGCUGUUGCCAUGUAGAU